AUGCGUUUCUCUACAGUCACGACUCUUCUCUUCGGCGGCAUUGCAAGUGCGCAAUUGGGCUCAGAUAUGCCUAUAACGUGCCAGAAUGGACAAGCGCCCAUUCUUACAUGCGGCAAUCCGGCUUCGGAAAUGUGUGGUUGCACCUGCCGUGACGGAAUGACGUUUAACCAGCCCAGGCCUUCACCCCCAGGAAACACAACUCCACCUCCGAUGCCAGCCGACCCGAUGCCACCUCCACCUCCACCUCCCCGGGCUGAUCCUGAACCGUACAAGUUCGCGUCAAAACCAUGCUUAGGAAGAAUCAUCAACGACUGGAAAGCUAUUGAGGGUUACCAUAAGCCUAAUUCGCUCGACAACGGUGAACUCGCGACCGACACAAUUGACAUUCCGGAAGACGCUGUCUUGAUAGUGACUGAUAGGAAUUUAAGAUGCGAGAUCUUCGAGGUAUCAGUCGACAACAAAGUCCUAGGUGAGACGUAUGGAACAGCUCCCCUUGACAAUAAGGGUUGCGGAAAUGCAGACGAUUGCAUGAACAAAAACGGAGGGGCCCACGGCUUCUUUUUCGUUCCAAAAGGUCUGAGGCUAAUUCUCGAAAUCUUUAGGGCGCCGCACGAUCGGUACCAGAUGGGUCAAGGUCCCACAGGCAUGCAAGCACUAUACGGAUGGUUCUUCGCCUUACCAGAUACGCGCAAUGUGCUAGGCGGACCAACUUUGAACUUGAGCAUGGCGGAGAGUACCAAAUUGCCAGUUGAGGUGGGGUAA